UCAGGUCCACAGCGCCCUCACAGUGAUAGCACUGCCAGUUACAAUGUUGAUUUACAUAGACUACAACAUGAGAAUGAAAUGGUACUAAUAAAAGGAAAGGAUUCCGAACGCAUUUUUGAUUGGCUAAGCCGGUCAAAACUACAUGAAUACACAAAUAACUUCAUCAGAGCCGGUUAUGAUAUGGGAACGAUAUCCAGAAUGACACCCGAGGAUCUAACAGCUAUAGGGAUUACCAAACCUGGACACCGGAAAAAAAUUGCUCAGAUGAUUGGACAUUUAUCUAUACCAGAUGGUAUCCCUGGAUUUAAACCUAACGAUUUAAACACCUGGUUAAACCUUCUGGGUCUUCCACAGUACAUGGAACACUUUUUAAAAAAUGGUUAUGAUUCCAUUGAUUUUAUAACUGAUGUCACAUGGGAAGAGCUUCAGGAAAUUGGUAUUACCUCGUUAGGUCAUCAGAAGAAACUCAUCUUAGCUAUUAACAAACAAGCACAGCUCCAACAACAGGAAAAACAGUCAAGACAGUAUACAGCGACAAGAGUAAUGUCAGCAGACAUGGACUCCAAAAGACCACAGUCAUCAUUAGAAGAUGAGUCUCAAUACAGUUCCCUUCCUCCUAAUACACAAAUACCAGAAAACAAGGGAUCUCCAGUGCCAUCUUAUGAAAAUGUUUACAUCAAUGUGAAGCGAAAAUCCACACAAAGUAGUCAGGAAAGUUUGAGCAGUGAUGUUAGUAGUGGUCUCAGUGGACCGGGUGUUGCGCAUGGAUCUCAAGAAAGCUUAAAUAAAAGGUCACAUCGUGGUUCUGCUGAAAUCGGCUUUAUGCCUUCACUGGCAAGUGUGCGAUCCAGCCCCCAAUCACCAACUAUUGAAGGUGAUGAUCAGCCUGAUUCGCCAUUUCAAAAUGUGUCAUUUACUACUUUCAAACAAGCUCCUAUGUCGUCAGGGCCUCAGACAGGUUCACCAUCACCAAUGAAAAUGAGGUCACCAAGAAACCAAUCAAAUGACAGCUUAGAUAAAUUAGCAACAAAGCCACUCAACCAAUCACCACGCAAUUCUCCAAGGAAUUCAACAGUGGAUCAAAGUGGACUUGACCAAACAGACUGUGGUUUUGUGAAAACGAAAAAACCACCAACACCUCCAAAAAGAAGCAAGUCAACUUCAAAAGCAGAUUACCAUGAACCUAUGAUUAUGCCAAUGUUAAAACAAUAUGAUGCGCAAGAAAAAAAGACGUUUACAGCCACCAUUGGCAGGAGUAAAAGUUUGAAACAGUUUAAACAGGGGAGCUCUGCAGGACCUAUAGUUGCCAAGCAACCAGAGGUACCAGAUUUAAAACUACAGCUGCAGCAGCAAUUGCAACAGAAAAAAUACUUGGAAGUACAGAUGCAGCAAACAUUGCAAACACAGGUUGUACAGCAGCAGCGGGAGGAUCAUCUGCAGCAACAGCUGCAACAGCAGCUCAUUCAGCAACAACAACAAAUUGAACUACUACAGGAUCAGCUGAACAUUCAUCAGCUGCAAGAGCAGCAGCAGUUACCUCCUCCUCCGCCUUCCCUGCUUGCCCCAGAACAACCACUUUAUUAUUCACCAGAACAAGAUCAGUUGCCACCUCCUCCUCCUCUGUCUCCACCGCCUCCUCCUCCACCACCGCUGCCACCCCCACACCCAAUGUCCGAACAACCAUUUCCCUCUCCUCCAAUGAUUGACAUUCCUACUGAGUCUCCCUUGUAUGAAACAAUCAGACAGCAACCACAACAACAGGAAACACAACAAGUCUCUCCAAUUAAGAAUGAUGAUUCACAAGGAACAAUUAAGAGGAGAGCUCCAGCUCAAUUUUCUAUGGACGAAUCAAAAAGGCAGUCGCCACCAGCAGUGCAUGGGACUGUAAAACAUCAACCUUCCCCAAAGCAGAAUAUUCGUGUGGAUAAGAAACAACCAUCCCCAAAAGGACACAAAACUAAAAAGGAUUCAUCUGAUAAUAAUAUUUCUAUAGCAACGGCAAUGGUAUCAGAAAAUUAUGACACAAUCAAACGGAGACCUGAUCCAAAACCACAACAGCAGCCACAGCCAGAACGUGAAACUGUUAUUAAUGGACAAGGCAGUGAUGGAAGUACUGUUAGGACUACAAUUAAAGCACCCCCGCAGCAACCCCUUGGUGUGUUGCCACAACAACAGAAUAAUUAUCCUCCUGUUUUGAGGAGACAAGGAUCUAAAGAUGAUAGCUACAAUGCACAUAAGAAACAACAGACCUCAACUGAGGAGAAAUAUGCCACUAUUAAACGCAGACCACAAAGGAAUAGAUCAAAGUCAUUUAAUGAUAAAGAUUUUGAAAACCAGCAAGGUUUAUAUGUAAGGACGCAGUUUAAUGCUGAUGGUGAUAGUGUAGAUAACAAUGAAACUAUUCAAUCUGAGGAUUUACUCUUAGGAAUUAAAGCGCAGAGUGCAAGUCAGUCUCAUAAGCCUGGCCACCCUAUUAAGAAAAUUCAAGCAAAGAGUAAAGGACAUGGUGCUUCCCUUGUAUCUCACCAAGGAGCUCGUGUUACCCUCCAACCACAUGGAUCCACUAGAAAUGUUGUUACUGUACCUGGGACUGCUACAGUCACAGUCACAUCGCAACCGCAAAUGAAAACAUUUGGGGGAGGGAAAGUACAUAAACCAGGGCAUGGACCACCAGUGAAGGUUAAAACAGUGACAGCCAAACCCAUCCCCAAGUCAGCUGUGAAGAGUAAACCACCACAAGCACCUCAUGUACAACAACCGCUGCCACCACCACCACCAUCUUCUAUGUUAACAAAUCAGAAAGUAGAUGUGUAUUCUCAAGAGUAUGAACGGGCUGAAGUUAUUUUGAACCACACAGAUGCUGCCACUUUCUCAGACUCUGAUUCGGAAAAUGUAGAAAGUAUGCUAUCAGCAUUUGAGAAUGAAAAUACAGACACAAUUAAAAAACAACCAGCGAAGAAAAGUAGUGCUGACAUGAAUGAGAUUGGUAACAUGCAAGUUGUAUCAAGCAAGUCUAGGAGAACACCUUCAUCAUCAGAAGAAGGCCAGUCAGCUAAAAAGAUUCCACCACCAGCACCAAAAAGACGAGAUAGUUUAUCUUCUGAGUCAAGUCUUUUGGAUUUGGAGAGUUUAGAUAUUGUCAAUGAUCAGCAAUUGACUACAGUGAAUGGUGGUGCAGUUGGUGGGAGUAAUGCAGCAGCACAUGGUAAUGGAAAAGAACCAGGGGAUGAUAUAUUCAAUGAAAUAGAUACAAUGUUUAAUGAUCUCACAGAAGAACUGGCAGCCAUGAUGAAAUAAUUAAUUUAUAAAUAUAUAAAUUAUAUUGCCAACGAUGACGGCUAGCUCUUUUCUGAACUGAGUGCAGCUGCUUUUUGAUAUAAAGAUAUACAUCAGCAGUUACAGGGAUCACAGAUUUAUUGUCAUUUACAUGGGGGAGAAUACAAGAAAGUUGGAACUAUUCAUGAAAACAAAACAUAUAAAUCAUUGUCUUACCAGCUGGACUUGUGUGGAAAUAUUGUACUGGAGAAUUCCGAAAACUGUAAAUUGUUGACAGGAAAUAUACAUAGUUAUAAGUGACUGAUGUAAAUAUACUGACUGCAGUAUGGAUUUCCAUGUUACUGCUAUUGUUAUAUAACUAGGGUUUACGUGCAACGCUGAGUUCUUAAUUUGUCAAUUAAUAUGAAACAGAUAGCAGAGAUGUUUACUAUUUUUAAUAAAAGGUGCUCUUUUUCAUUCCGAAUUUAUAUUCAUUGCCAGCGUAUUUUAGUACCCAGUCAACAUUUUAUUUUAAAAUUAUGUUGAAUAUUGUAUUUUCCUUCCCAGUAUUAUUGUUUUCCUUUUGAUGUAAUCUUCUUGAUAUAUCUGUUGUAAAAGCAACAUGAGUUAAUUCUAUGUUGUCAUGUGCCCUACCCACAUGCUCACACUGACUUUAUAUUAAAUUUUCCAGUUCAUAUACGCAAAGACUACAAGACAAUUAAUUGUUAUUAAUUUUUGUCACUUUACCAUCUUUACUUCUAUAAAAAGGUGAUCAAAAUUGUAUGUGGUGGCAGAAUGUACUCGCACACACAUGUACCAUAUAAAUUUAUUCUGAUGAAAAUAAUGACAUUUUGGCAAAUAAAAAGAAGAAUGCCCAAAAAUGGAGUCCACUAUUAGCAGAUCAGUAUGGGACCAUACCCUGAACACAGUUCUGCUUUCUAAUACCUGUGUCAAAACUACCAAUUUUUUCCUCAAACAUACAUACUGCUUAGUAAAGCAUACCAAUUAUGUAGCAAACUGAAUUUAAUUGUGAAAGGAUUGUUAGUUAUGUCUAUAGUUAAUGUAAUUAUGUAUAUAAUAAAAUAUUUCACCACUUGACA